CCCGGCUUUCUUACGUCAUUACUGCGCGUGCGCCUUGGGAGGAAGGGGGCGCGGUUUCGGGGGGGGAAGGGCAGAGAGGCGGUCCUAGACCCAGGUCUCAUCACGACUGCGCAGACGGGAUUCCGACUGAACAUGGCGACUUGCGCCGAUAUCCUGCGGAGCGAGUUCCCAGAAAUUGACGGGCAGGUCUUCGACUACGUGACCGGCGUCUUGCACAGCGGCAGCGCGGACUUCGAGUCUGUGGAUGACCUAGUGGAAGCUGUGGGGGAACUAUUGCAAGAAGUGUCCGGGGACAGCAAGGAUGACGCGGGCAUCAGGGCUGUCUGUCAGCGCAUGUACAACACUCUACGCCUGGCUGAGCCACAGAACCAGGGAAACAGCCAGGUGCUGCUGGACGCCCCCAUCCAGUUGUCAAAGAUAAUGGAAAACUACGACUGUGACACCAAACUUCCAGGACUGCUAAAGAGGGAACAGUCCUCGACGGUGGAUGCGAAGAAGCUAGAGAAGGCUGAAGCCCGGCUGAAGGCAAAGCAAGAGAAGCGCUCAGAGAAGGAGACACUGAAGACCAGCGGCCCGCUAGUCUUGGAAGAGGCAUCAGCUAGCCAGGCGGGCAGCAGAAAAGAGAGUCGGUUGGAAUCGUCCGGCAAGAACAAGUCCUAUGAUGUGCGAAUUGAGAACUUCGACGUGUCUUUUGGUGAUAGGGUACUGUUGGCUGGAGCAGAUGUGAACUUGGCAUGGGGCCGACGGUAUGGGCUGGUGGGACGCAAUGGUCUGGGGAAGACAACAUUGCUGAAGAUGCUGGCCACCCGGAGCCUGCGGGUUCCAGCCCAUAUUUCCCUGCUGCACGUGGAGCAAGAAGUUGCCGGAGAUGACACCCCCGCCCUGCAGAGUGUGCUGGAAAGUGACACUGUCCGGGAGGGCCUGCUCCGACGGGAACGAGAGCUCAGCGUCAAGAUUGCUGCUGGCAGGGCAGAGGGCUCAGAAGCUGCACAGUUGGCAGAAGUCUAUGCCAAACUGGAGGAGAUUGAGGCUGAUAAGGCACCCGCCAGAGCAUCAGUCAUUCUCGCAGGACUUGGUUUUACUCCUAAAAUGCAGCAACAGCCCACCAAGGAGUUCUCAGGUGGCUGGAGGAUGAGAUUGGCCUUAGCCCGGGCUCUGUUUGCCAGGCCAGAUCUGCUGCUGCUAGAUGAACCCACAAACAUGCUGGAUGUUAGGGCCAUCCUAUGGUUGGAGAAUUACCUGCAGACGUGGCCCUCCACAAUCCUAGUUGUCUCUCAUGACCGCAACUUCCUGAAUGCCAUUGCCACAGACAUCAUCCACCUGCACAGCCGACGGCUGGACGGUUACCGAGGCGACUUCGAGGCCUUCAUCAAGAGCAAGCAGGAGCGGCUGCUCAGUCAGCAGCGCGAGUAUGAGGCCCAGCAGCAGUACCGCCAGCACAUCCAGGUUUUCAUAGACCGUUUUCGAUAUAAUGCCAACAGAGCCUCUCAAGUGCAGAGUAAACUCAAGAUGUUGGAGAAGCUACCUGAGCUGAAGCCGGUGGACAAGGAAUCGGAGGUGGUGAUGAAGUUCCCAGAUGGGUUUGAGAAGUUCUCACCACCAAUUCUGCAGCUAGAUGAGGUGGAUUUCUACUAUGACCCUGAACACGUCAUCUUCAGUCGCCUGUCCGUCUCUGCUGACCUUGAGUCUCGAAUCUGCGUGGUUGGGGAGAACGGGGCUGGGAAGUCUACUAUGCUAAAGCUGCUCAUGGGGGACCUGGCUCCUGUCCGAGGUAUCAGGCAUGCCCACAGGAAUCUGAAGAUAGGCUAUUUCAGCCAGCACCACGUGGAGCAGUUAGACCUGAAUGUCAGCGCUGUGGAGCUCCUGGCUCGAAAGUUCCCCGGGCGACCUGAGGAGGAGUACCGACACCAGUUGGGUCGGUACGGCAUCUCUGGAGAACUGGCCAUGCGUCCUGUAGCAAGCUUAUCUGGGGGCCAGAAGAGCCGGGUAGCCUUUGCUCAGAUGACCAUGCCUUGCCCCAACUUCUACAUUCUGGAUGAGCCCACAAACCACCUGGACAUGGAGACAAUUGAGGCUUUGGGCCAUGCUCUCAACAACUUCAGGGGUGGCGUAAUUCUGGUUUCCCAUGAUGAGCGCUUCAUCCGGCUGGUGUGCCAGGAGCUGUGGGUGUGUGAGAAAGGCAGUGUGACCCGGGUUGAGGGAGGAUUUGACCAGUACCGUGCUCUCCUCCAAGAACAGUUCCGCCGGGAGGGCUUCCUCUAGAGCCCCGGCUGAUUAAGACUGUGCCUCGGACAUGGACUGCUCUUGAAAGACCCCUGAGCUACCGUGUAGGCAACCAACUCCAGGCUUAGGACUUCCCUACUUGGGGAAAGCCUUAUUCCCCAAAUUUCUCUUUUCCUUUCAACUGGAGCAUCCUCUACACAAUGUGGGGAGACCUAUCCAAGGGCCUGUGAAGACAGUCCUGAUGGAAAAGGAUAAGGGGUGCCAUCUGGGGUUACAAGUAUCCUACCGCCCAGCUUGACAGGGCCCCACGUGGCUGCUAUGUAAAUUAAAUAUCCUCCUGUAUCUCUCUUGCCUCAUCUCUGCUCCUUUGUGGGCAGGGCUUGCCAUGGUUUUCUGCUGGGGUUCUGGGCUCUCCGAGUGGUGUUUUCCUGUGAUGUAAUGUCAGUCACACAGACAGCAGCAGUGCCACCUCCCUCUCAUUGGGAGAUGUCAUCAUCGUCGUCUGCCCCUUGGGUAGGCGUGAGCUGGAGGAAGGGAGAGCAGCAUUGUGGGAUCACUAGUGCUCAUAACCUAGCCUAGACUUAACCUCAGCUGGCAGCAUCUUGGGCUCUGCGGUCUCAACCCCUGCUGCUUGGGCAUUUGAACUGGUUCUGGAAUAGGCCUCGGACAUGGCUCACCAACUCCUUUCUCCGGGGGCUCUGGCCCCGCCUCCAGUUCUGCAAUCCGGACCUAGGACUCAAGAGAAACUAUUGUUCCCAGUUUGUGUUCGUGAUUUAAUGCUCUGAUUUUUCCCUCUAACCGUGUAAAAGCAGCCUGGGAAGCAGGGGAUUAUCUAAGUGAAAGAAACAGAACACUCCUCCCUUUCAAAUAAAGCAGACUUUAAAGAGAAA